UUCACCUCAUCCCCGGGCUGUUGGGCGACGGUCGGACGACAGUCACCGGCUGCCAUGCGCGCUUCCGGCGCGUUGCAUUGUGGGGCGGUGAGGAAACAACAGAAAUGACUAACCGAGAAGAAGCCGAGAUACAAAUUUCAGAAUUAGAUUUACUCUCUAGCAUGUUUCCUUAUGAGGAAGAGUUCACUGUGACUGACCAGCUGGCUGUAGCAGAACUGAAACACUAUGUUGAAAAUGAGUCUGCAGAGAUGCCAUCUUCAAAAGUUCAGUUUAUACUGAACGUAAAGCCAGAGAUCUCUAAUGCCUCUAUGGUGGAAUUCUCUAUGGCCUGUGCUUUACCAUUUAAAUAUCCAACUGUUCUACCAGAAAUUACUGUGAGGUCAUCAUUGCUAAGCCGCUCUCAGCAGAUUUGCCUGAACUCUGAUCUAAAAACGUAUUUGAUGCAAAACUGCAGUGGAGAGCCCUGCAUGUUGAGUGCAAGGGAAUGGGUUAAAGACCAUGCAGCUGCUUAUGUUGACAAAGAGCUUUCAUCUUCCUCUCUGACAACAUCUAGUGCCAUGCACUCAGAAGUCAUUACGUUCACUCGAUUGUGGAUCUAUAGUCAUCACAUUUACAACAAGCAAAAAAGAAAGAAUAUUAUUGACUGGGCCAAGGAGCUCUCUCUGUCAGGGUUUUGCAUGCCAGGGAAACCCGGUGUUGUUUGUGUAGAAGGUCUACAAAGUAAUUGUGAAGAGUUCUGGUCAAGAGUAAGAAGAUUAACGUGGAAAAGAAUUCUCAUUCGGCACAGAGAAGAUGUUUCUUUGGAAGGUGGAGGACACGCUGAGAUUGAGAAACAAAGAAAGUUCUCCACUUUGGAAGAAAAAUGUUUUGAUGCACAUGGUGCCAGAGGAAAUCAUAUGGAUUUGGGGCAGCUGUAUCGUUUUUUAGAAGAAAAAGGAUGCGCUGACAUUUUUCAAAUGUACUUUGGGGUUGAAGGGCAUUGAAGGGGUCACCACAGGCCCAAGCAUCUACAUGUGUAAGUUAAUCCUCGUAACAGAUUCCUUAGCUGUUCUGCAACAGAUGAUCAGAGAGGGAAUUCAUAAUUCCUGGUUUAUAUGAUGAAUCCAGUUUUCAAUGAAAACAAAUAUCCAGUGAAAUCCUGAAUAAUGAAAAUGGCUAAAUGAAUGUUUUAUUACAUUUUCUGGUUUUAAGGACGUUUAGGGUACAUACCUAAUUACAAUGAAAGAAAAUAUAUUUGAUAACCUACUGGGCAGUUACAGAAUGACAGAUGAAUGGAUGGAAUUACGGUGAAUGAAUAUAUGAAUAAGAAGAGAUGAAAAUGAACUGUGGAUAUCUCAGGAGAGGAAACGUAAUGUUUACAAUAUUUGUUACUGUUUACAUACACUACAGGAAGACUUUUUUGUAACACUCUUUUCUUCUACUUUCUACCUGAAAGUAUAUUAAGCCGUGAGAUUAAUGUGUUUUUUUUAAAAAAAAACCAAGCAAGCAAGUUCACAAAAGUCUUUUUCAUGCAAAGAGGAUGAGGUAGGAUGCCUACUCUAAGGCAUGCAAAUUUUCUGUAGGUAAAAGCGUGUGUGCAGGUGAGAGAGAUGCUGUGGUGGUUCCACCACAUCUGUAGCUGAGACUAGUCUGUUUACUCACGUAAAAGCAGUUGUUUACCAAGGAUUGAGCUCCUUGCAGCUCCAGUAAAGCCAUCCUUACUCUGCUGAGGUCACCAGUUUGCAGUCCACUAAUUUAAAGUGCAUUAACACUGCGUACACUUUUGAGUCUAUUUUCAACAAAGUUGUAUCAAUGAAUGCUAGUUUGUUUCUUUGCUUAUGGAUUAUGUAUCUAAAUAGCAUAUAUGUGAUAAAAAGCAGACAUUGAUUGCUUCUGAUGUUAAUAUUUAAUUAUUUCUGCAUAGAUCCGGUAAAAUUCCUAACAUUCAGCCCUCGGGUGUGUACUUGGGCACCUUUUGUAGUGAUCCUUCGCAGUGAUUUCAUCUGCCAAGUGCCGAUUUGCCUCUGCUUGAAACUUUGCCAAAUCUUAGCAACUCCUUGUAAGCGCACAAGAAUACCGCAGCUUAAUAAAGGACCCACGAUAUGUU